AGGAACUACCGGGGAGGGCGAGGAGUGGAAGAACAAAUUCGAAACCAAAAAAUUUGAGCCAAGAAUCGUCACUAAUACUGACCUCGUGUUGCUGAAACCUCCUGGACGAGAAGAAGUCAUAUAGAUCAAACAUCGUGGACCCAACAACCUAAGACUCAAGAUGUCCACCACGGCGACCAUGGGUGAGAUGGCAAAUAGCGCAGUGGAGUUUUACCCCAAGCGGGGUGGAGGAGGCGCAGAAGCCAACCAUGCUGGGGACUUUGGGGUUACGUUGGAGGAGCUCCGGUCCCUGAUGGAGCUGAGAGGAGCCGAGGCCUUGCAGAAAAUUCAGGACAGCUAUGGAGAUGUAGAGGACCUAUGCCAGAGACUCAAGUCUUCCUCCAGUAAUGGUUGUGGAAAUGUGUCAGGAGGAGCUGAAGAUGAGGGGGAGGCAGAGGCAGGAUGGAUCGAAGGUGCGGCCAUCCUACUCUCCGUCAUUUGCGUGGUGCUGGUGACGGCUUUCAACGACUGGAGUAAAGAGAAACAGUUCCGGGGACUGCAGAGCCGCAUCGAGCUGGAGCAGCGAUUCGCUGUGGUGCGCAAUGGAAACGUCAUCCAGAUCCCCGUCGCCGAGAUGGUGGUUGGGGACAUGGCCCAGGUCAAAUACGGUGACCUCCUACCUGCUGAUGGGGUCCUGAUUCAGGGAAAUGACCUGCAAAUCGACGAGAGCUCUUUAACCGGUGAAUCAGAUCAUGUGCGGAAGUCGGCCGACAAGGACCCCAUGCUUCUCUCUGGUACCCAUGUGAUGGAGGGAUCAGGCAGGAUGCUGGUGACCGCAGUUGGAGUCAACUCUCAGAGUGGCAUCAUAUUCACUCUGCUGGGAGCCGGGGAAGGGGAGGAGGAGAAGAAAGAGAAGAAAGAGGACAGUAGUUACUCACUAACAACUAUGGCCAAACCGAGUGGCAUCACCAAUGGCAAGCAGCCAGAGGCAGCUGUGGAGUCCAAUCAGAAUAAAGCCAAAAAGCAGGAUGGAGCCGUUGCCAUGGAGAUGCAGCCUCUGAAGAGUGCGGAGGGUGGAGAAGUGGAGGAGAGAGAGAAGAAAAAAUCCAACGUGCCCAAGAAGGAGAAGUCUGUACUGCAGGGCAAACUCACCAAACUGGCUGUACAGAUUGGCAAAGCAGGUCUUGUGAUGUCAGCCAUUACAGUUAUCAUCCUGGUGCUGUACUUUGUGAUUGAGACGUUUGUGGUGGAGGGGCGGAUCUGGUUGACUGAGUGCACACCCAUCUACGUGCAGUAUUUUGUCAAAUUCUUUAUCAUCGGUGUGACUGUGCUAGUGGUAGCUGUGCCUGAGGGUCUUCCACUUGCUGUUACCAUCUCCCUGGCCUAUUCAGUUAAGAAAAUGAUGAAGGACAAUAACCUAGUGCGUCACUUGGAUGCUUGCGAGACAAUGGGCAACGCCACUGCCAUCUGCUCUGACAAGACCGGCACCCUCACCACCAACCGCAUGACUGUAGUGCAGGCCUACCUCAACGACCAGCACUUCCGUGAGAUCCCAGACCCCAGCCAGAUCAACCCCAUCACCCUAGAGAUGAUUGUCAAUGCCAUAUCUAUCAACUGCGCCUAUACCUCCAAGAUCAUGCCACCGGAUGUGGAAGGUGGUCUGCCCAAGCAGGUUGGUAAUAAGACAGAGUGCGGUCUGCUGGGCUUCCUGCUGGAAUUGAAGAGAGACUACGUCCCUGUGAGAGAGCAAAUCCCAGAGGAGAAACUCUACAAAGUCUACACUUUCAACUCUGUACGCAAGUCCAUGAGCACUGUGGUGCAGAUGCCGGAUGGAAGUUUCCGGCUCUACAGCAAAGGAGCGUCUGAGAUCCUUCUGAAAAAGUGUUCCUCGAUACUUGGUGCCAAUGGGGAAACACGUAGCUUCAAGCCACGGGACCGAGACGAGAUGGUGAAGAAAGUGAUCGAGCCCAUGGCGUGUGAAGGCCUGCGAACCAUCUGCAUUGGUUAUCGUGAUCUUCCCUGCGACCCUGAGCCUGAAUGGGAUAACGAAGCUGAAAUUGUCACCAAUCUGACCUGCAUCGCAGUUGUUGGGAUCGAGGAUCCCGUUCGACCUGAGGUCCCUGAAGCCAUUCGCAAGUGUCAGAGGGCAGGCAUCACUGUGCGCAUGGUCACCGGCGACAACAUCAACACAGCACGAGCUAUUGCUGCCAAGUGUGGCAUCAUUCAGCCCGGGGAUGACUUUCUGUGCAUGGAGGGUAAAGACUUCAACCGAAGAAUCAGGAAUGAGAAAGGAGAGAUUGAGCAGGAGAGGAUUGAUAAGAUUUGGCCUAAACUCAGAGUCCUUGCACGUUCCUCCCCCACGGACAAACACACACUCGUAAAAGGCAUCAUUGACAGCACUGUGCUGGAGCAGAGACAGGUGGUGGCCGUAACUGGUGAUGGGACCAAUGACGGGCCGGCUCUCAAGAAGGCAGAUGUGGGCUUUGCGAUGGGUAUAGCAGGCACUGAUGUAGCUAAAGAAGCUUCUGACAUCAUCCUGACCGAUGAUAACUUCUCCAGCAUUGUGAAGGCUGUCAUGUGGGGGAGAAAUGUGUAUGACAGCAUCUCCAAGUUCCUGCAGUUUCAGCUUACUGUCAAUGUAGUGGCCGUCAUCGUAGCUUUCACCGGGGCCUGCAUUACACAGGACUCUCCACUAAAAGCAGUACAGAUGUUGUGGGUCAAUCUGAUCAUGGACACAUUUGCCUCUUUGGCUCUUGCCACUGAGCCGCCCACCGAAGCUCUGCUGCUUAGGAAACCCUACGGGCGCAACAACCCCCUCAUCUCGCUCACAAUGAUGAAGAACAUCCUGGGUCAUGGAGUCUAUCAGCUGGUCAUCAUCUUCACCCUGCUGUUUGCCGGAGAGAAAAUCUUCAACAUCGACAAUGGCCGUUACGCCCCCUUACACUCACCCCCAUCUGAACACUACACCAUCAUCUUCAACACCUUCGUCCUGAUGCAGCUCUUCAACGAGAUCAACGCUCGCAAGAUUCACGGCGAAAGGAACGUGUUUGACGGCAUCUUUGGGAACCCUAUCUUCUGCAGCAUUGUUCUGGGAACAUUUGGAGUGCAGAUUGUGAUCGUGCAGUUUGGGGGCAAGCCCUUCAGCUGUGCCCCUCUCAAUGUGGAGCAAUGGCUGUGGUGCCUCUUCGUGGGAGUUGGAGAACUGCUGUGGGGUCAGGUGAUCGCCACCGUGCCCACUAGUCACCUGAAGUGUCUGAAGGAGGCGGGCCAUGGGCCAGGGGUCGACGAGAUGACGGAGGAUGAGCUGGCCGAUGACGAGGAGGAGAUAGACCAUGCUGAGAGGGAGCUACGCAGGGGGCAGAUCCUCUGGUUUAGAGGCCUUAACCGUAUCCAGACUCAGAUGGAGGUAGUGAGUACGUUCAAGAGAAGUGGUUCGUUUCAGGGUGCAGUGAGACGUCGAUCCUCUGUGCUCAGCCAGCUCCAUGACGUAACCAAUAUUUCUACCCCCACUCAUGUAGUUCUCUCCACUGCCAAUGCAAGCGCCGCUCCCGGGAGUGAGUUCCCUGCUUUCCCUACCUGUGUCAGACACGACACUCACACACUCAGAAACACUCACAAAACAUGAAAACUCUUACAAACACACACACACACAUGCUCCAAGCAUUCCUCCUUACACACAGCAGCACAUGCAACACUCCACCGUGUGUGCCGUGGUACUUCUGUUCUGUAUUUGAAACCUUCUCUGUAGUUGUCUCUCUGUGAUUGAGUGGCUCUUUGCAAGACGGCCUGUCUGGCUUUGACUGAUCCUCUAUGAGCUGUUGUUUGUGUCUCCUCCUCUCCUUCUCUCGAUUUCUGUGUGCUGUCUUGCUGUGUCGGGCCUUUUCUCUUGUUGUUGGGUUCUUCUUUGUAGUCUGAAGGUGUUGGUUUUAUUUUCAAAUCCCUGUUUCUCGAUAAGCCAUUCUCUGUCUUCUCUCUGUCCAAACCUGUUUCCUACAACAGAAUGCGUACAAAACAGCGUUAGUGUUAAGUGCGUGGCAGAAAAUAUAUUUUCUUUGAUUUGAGUCUGAUUUUUUUUUUUUUAAGCUGAAGUGGUUUUUUGAGCAAAUGGAAUUGCAAAAAAUAUGAUAGAUCAGAUUUCAUAAACAUGAACCAUUGGUUAGAUAAACAGAUUGUUCCGCCCCCAAUCCAAUGCCAUUGGUUGAGACAAUGUUGUUUUAAUCGCGCCACAGAGAAACACUUUUUGGACAAAUCCCCUUACAGAUUACUCAUUUAUAGUUGUCUAUGGUUAUUUUGAAUUGUAAUAGGAUUUUAACAAAAAAAUGACACACUUCAGCUUUAAAAUAGCAUAUUCUUAAAGAUUUGUUAUAUACAUUUGGACAACAGAAUAUAUCAUAUAAGACAUGGCUAUU